AUGUUGGCUUCUAGGGCAUGUAGCCUUAUUGGCAAGCGGGCCAUUUCCACUUCAAUCUGUGUGAGGGCUCACGGGCAUGGUAUUGCAAAAACGGAGGAUUUCAGCCUUCCUUGUUACAUUGACCGUCGGGAUAUUCCUCUGCCUCCGGUUGACUAUGCGAGAAAUCUCACUUCUGGGCAGAAGGCUCUGAAGGAAAAGGAGAAGGCGUCCUGGGCUGCCCUCUCUGUUGAUGAGAAGCUUGAGUUGUACCACAUCAAGUUCCACGAGACCUUUGCCGAAAUGAACAGGGGGUCAAACGAAUGGAAGACUAUCAUUGGCGGGGUGUUCUUCUUUGUCGGUUUCACUGCCUUCAUUGUAAUAUGGCAAAGGAAGUACGUUUUUGGGCCGGUUCCCCACACUCUGUCGGAAGAAUGGAUAGCCAUGCAGACCAAGCGAAUGCUGGAUAUGAGAGUGAACCCGAUCCAAGGCUUCUCUUCCAAAUGGGACUACGAGAAAAACGAAUGGAAGAAGUGAGAAGCACUCCACUGAGUUCCAGUCCUGCUCUGGCUUGAAAUACUAAAACAUUUCCAUUGUCUUCACGUGACUUCGCUGCUUCUGUGUUUG